AUGGAAAACGGAAAAAGAUCAUCGGCGUCGACAAAAAGCUGCAAGAAACACCCAAAACACCAACAAUCUCCGGGUGUUUGCUCGUUAUGUUUAAGAGAAAGAUUAUCGAAGAUAUCAAGCACUUCAUCACGUGCAGUGACGAACGUUUCUUCAUCAUCUUCUUCAUCGUCUAUCUCUUCUGUAUCUUCGGUUUCUUCAUCGCGUGUAUCAUCCAAUGGCGCCUCUUACACGGCAUCUCCCAUGCAUAAUUUUCAGAAUCAACGUAAAACUUAUGAUGUUGAAAGAAAGGGAUAUCUUUCGUUCUUGAGAAAGAGCAGAUCAAUGGCUUUUGUUAGUGAAAAUAUUGUAGAAAUUGAUGGGAAACAGAAGAAAAGCAAUGGCUUUUGGUCAAAGUUGAUCGGCUCGAAGAGAAGUGAUGCACAGAAGCGAUCAAUGGAAGAGGGUUCAUCUUCAAGACUCAUGCAUUCAAAAACCAUGAGAGAAAUGUUGACCACAAGCGUUUGA